AGUCAGUGGAGAUGACCAGAGAUGACAUCCGCAUAAAUACUCUUGUGCGCACAUGAUCCAUUCGCUUAUUCGAAUAGCUGUUAGAGCAUUGUACAGUAUUUCGGGAAGUUCACCGAAAAUGGUGGGAAAGAUUGAGUGUGCUAAGAAAAUUGCGGCUUACACAGCUGUAACCGAUUUCGUUCAGAAUAAUACUGUGAUCGGAAUUGGUAGCGGAUCCACUGUGGUUUAUGCUGUUCAGAGACUUGCUGAACGUGUAAAAGAAGAAGGACUCAGUGUAAUAUGUGUUCCUACAUCGUUUCAAGCUCGUCAACUUAUACUAGAGCAUCAUCUAACCUUAGGUGACUUAGAAACUUACCCACAGCUGGAUUGUGCAAUUGAUGGAGCAGAUGAAGUUGAUAGUCAUUUGAAUCUUAUCAAAGGUGGUGGAGGAUGUUUGUUACAAGAAAAAAUUGUCGCUUCCUGUGCUAAGCAGCUUAUUAUUAUAGCAGACUUUACAAAAAAAUCACAAAAGCUAGGCGAUCAGUACAAAAAGGGAAUUCCUAUUGAAGUAGUUCCUAUGGCAUAUGUGCCAAUUCAACAUAAAAUUGAAGAUAAAUAUGGAGGAAAGUUGAAACUCAGAAUGGCAAUUGCUAAAGCUGGUCCAGUAAUAACAGAUAAUGGUAAUUUUAUUUUGGAUUGGUGUUUUCCUCCAAACAUAGAAUGUUGGGACGAUAUUAACAACGAAAUAUCUUUGAUACCUGGUGUCGUAGAAACUGGUUUAUUUCUUAAUAUGAAAAAAAAAGUUUACUUUGGUAUGGAAGAUGGUAUAACCGUUCAUACAAUGUGAAGUUGAAUUCAAUAAUCUACAAAUAAUGCUGUCAGAUAAAGAUUCUUGAUAACCUUUCUUUGCACUUUUACUUUUUAUUUAGCUAUAUAUGUGUCAUUCCAAUUGCGUUAUCAUGGGUACUUUUUAUAUUUCUGUUUUUUAUAUACCCAAUUUGUACACAGUAUAUUUUAUAUUUUCUUUAUUACUAUUAUAUAAGCUGUAAAUAUUUUUAGUCAAAGCGUAUAUUUCAACAACAAAUCGCACUGCGUAUUUUGUAAAGCUGUACACGUUUAAGUGUACUCUAACAUAAACUUGUGUAAAUUAACCGGAAUGUGUGUACUUGCAACAACUUGCAGUUUCAGACAUUUCCAUAAACUUGCACAAGCGUUCUUGCAACAUGUGCAGUUUAAAAAGAAAUCCUCUUAAAUAUACAUCAAAGAUUUGCUCUUUAAUUGAACAAAAGUUAAAAAUCUACAGUGAGAAUAAAAAAAAUGAUUGAAAAGCAAUUAUUUUAUAAGAAUAGAUUUUAAAGAAAAUAAGAGUGUACAAUUAUUUGUGCUAAGUAAAAAUUUGUGACUAUCUCAUGUAAUAACAUUGUUAAUAUUAAAUUGAAUAAUAUAUUAUCAAGUAAUAAUUACAUUAUAGAAGGAGCGCUUCUUUGAUUUUUACUUUAAUAUAAUUACUUUUAUUUAUACAAUGCUAACUUUUGAUUAAUCGGAAUUAAGUCUGCCAUGUUGCUACACACACUCCGAUUUUUUUGAACAAUCCAUUUUGAAGCAAGUAUAUUGAAUGAUUUUUCAUAUUUGUUCAUUUGCACAAGUUAAAAUGACUAAGCAGUUUUGUUAUCUACACUUCAAUAAACUUGCACAAGCGUGCUUGUGCAUGCAUACUUGAUAAAUUUACUUGAACGUGUGUAACCCAUUUAAGUAUAAAUAAUCAGAAAAUUUUUAUAUUUGAUAUGUAUAAUAUAAAAUGUUUAUCUUGAAAUAACACGUUAUACACCCAUAAAAAUAAGCAGAAAAAAUAUAUUUUUUUAGUACAAUA